CAGCCUCGCGGUUGGGUGAAGGUCGGCGCGGAAACAGGGAGAAGGGGAAAGUCCGGAGCGGGAGGAGCAGCAGCAGGAGACUCAGGGACAGGGCCGGUUCCGGCGGCAUGGAGACCCAGGCUCAGGCCCUCGCCGCUGACCCACAUUUACAGCAAUUCAUCGAAGUGGAGAGUCAGAAACAGAAAUUCCAGCAACUGGUACAUGGCCUCACGGAGCUCUGCUGGGAUAAGUGUAUGGAUAAACCAGGCCCACGGCUCGACAGCAGAACAGAAACCUGCUUUGUGAACUGUGUGGAACGUUUUAUCGACACCAGCCAGUUCAUCCUCAAUCGACUGGAACAGACACAAAAAAGCAGGAUGUCACCAGAGAGUCUGAGUGACUGAGUGAGCAGGAGUAUACUGUGGAACAGCGGCACAAAAGACUUGCCUCAACACAUGGCGCAGUGCGUGUCAGGCACAGUGCAGAAUUGGCAGGCAGCAUUGCUGGGGCACAGCUCUAUGGGACCUGUUAGCCCCGACUGCUCUCGGAAGGACCUUAAAUCGGGCUUUUAUGUCCUUGAUACGGAGUCUUCUGUAUGAUCAUCUUACCAUCAGAAAUAAAGCACGGUGGCGUUUUUAACACAAA